UGUCGGAGAGCCAGAUUUGGGUCAAAAAGGACUUGUUGCCAGCUUAUGAAAAAGGAGAACUUCGAGAAGUUUUUUGUGUUGGCACGGGGGCUCUGGUGGUCCCCGUGAAAGCCCUUUCAUUCCAGCAGCAAACCAUGGUGCUGCAACACAGCAGCAGCAGCAGCAGCAGCAGCAGCAGCAGCAGCAGCAGCAGCAGCAGCAACAGCAGCAGCAGCAGCAGCAGCAGCAGCGGGAGGUCUUUUGCGGAGCAGAUAAAAGAAGACAUUCUGGACAUUCAAAUGGGGCAUUAUCCAAACCACCCUUUUGUGGUUGAGUGUUGA